AUGAUUGCGUCGGGAACCUUCGGAUACGACGGUUAUGGCCGGGGGAUCGCGCCUGACACCCCGUUGGGCAAACUGGGUGCGGUGUUGCCCAAGACAUUUACCCGCCACGCCAGGUCCGGCAACCCGGAACCACGCUGGUUCCCCGAAUCGUUUCGGGAAGGACUGGCCGCCGGGGAAACCACGUUGCUGAAUUCCAUCGGGUUGACCAACCCGGGGAUCGAAGCCGCUAUGUCAGACCUGGCGCCACAGUGGGCCGAAAUGGACGCCAAUAUUGUGAUGAGCAUGGCCGCCGAAAGCCCGGAGCAAUGGGAAGAAAUGGCGUCGUUCACCCGUGGGGUCAGCGGGUUUGCCGCCAUAGAGUUGAAUCUCAGUUGCCCCAACGUGGACGACGGCGCGAUGUUCAGCCACUACCCGCAUCUCACCGAGGCGGCGGUGGCGGGAGUACGGCGUCAGACCGACCUGCCGGUGUGGGCCAAGUUGUCCCCCAACGUGCCUGACAUAACGGAGAUUGCCCAUGCCGCAGUUGGGGCCGGAGCAGAUGCGCUGACCAUCAGUAACACCAUUCCCGCGAUGCACAUCGACAUUGAUGCUGGCCGGCCCACGUUGGGUACCGGCGGCGGCGGCCUCUCCGGUCCGGCAUUGCGUCCGGUCGCGAUGGCCCUCGUGCACCGCGCGGCUGGUUCCGUCAAUGUGCCAAUAAUAGGCGUCGGUGGCGUGAUGACGGGCCGCCAUGCCGUGGAAUUCCUGAUGGCUGGCGCUUCCGCGGUGCAGGUGGGCAGCGCCAACCUGGCCGACCUGAACGCCCCGUUCCGCAUCCUGGCGGAACUGGAAGCGCUGCUUGCCGAGUGGGGGGUCGACAGCCUGGCCGAGAUUAUCGGCAAGGGCUGCUAG